AUGAAGUCGGGUCCAGUAGGAUGCAUCGUAUUUCUGAGGACUCAGCAGCUCCUCCUGCAGCACGCCUUUUCCAACCUACCCCACCAUCGCGAACAGGUUGACAUGCCUCUUACUACUCCCACACCAUCCGCAGCUAUUGCGAGCGCUAUCGCUGGACGUCUUCCCGGUUUUGCAUAUGCCCAGGGAGCCGAGGUUACCAUCCGCGAUACCCCACGGCACGGUGAGCCCGGCAUCUAUGAAGCGCGCAAUGGCGAACUAGCCCUCUCCACCCAAGGCACAACCCAAGCGCAGCGCUCCUUUCUUGCAGACAUUUUCCAAGGCGAGUUUAAAGGAUAUGCUGGACAACAUGCUCUAUAUUUCACCACACAAUGUCCAACGCUGCAUAUCCCAAGCUACCUCGCGCUGUCCAGCACAGUUGACCAUAAAGCAACAUCGAAUCCUGCCCUAGCCGAUAUUCAACGACUUACCAAGCUGGCUGGGAUAGUCCCAAUACUCUCCCAAGGGAAAUCUUUUGCGACAGUAGAGUCAUCAAUCCGUCUUGCUAUCGGCGGGUGGUGUAAAGAAGGCUUCAAUUGGCCCGCCUGGAUCGGAUCUGACGAAGCUACCACACUACGUGACCCUGAUCGCCUAGAUCAAGCUACUCCCGCACAGCUUGAAAAGCUCCUCACUGCCAUGCAACGACAGGACCGCUUCGCCGAUGGCACCAUUGAAACAGCUUACAGUUCCGGUCUAAUCAGGCGUAUUGCUCAACGAGCAGCGGCCAUUCUUCAGCAAUCCUAG